AUCACUUCUACCUUUUCUCCUUCCACAACUACAAUUUCAAGCUCAACUUCAAACAUAAGCACGACUACAUCUUCAUUGGACUCAACAACGACCACAAUAAGAAAUUGCUGUGAAUGGCCAUUUCCAAAUCAAGGAGUCAACACAGUCGACCCGAUUAUAGAUUUGUGGAAUCAGUGCGAUGGACCAGUAACAUUUUCAUGCACUAUUAAUAAUGAGACUAUGUUUCUCCUUCCAACUCACGGAAUUGCUGUUAACAUUGAUAUUAAUGGUUUAUAUACUGAACUAGAUUUGGAUACACAAGUGGCUUUUCCAGAAAUGGCCACCACCAUAUACGGAAAUAUCACUUGCAAUACAACUUCCCAUUUAUGGCAGCUCAAUAGCAAUUUUCAGUAUAACACGUUUGCUUGUGCGUAUCAAUGGACGAACGGAACUUGGUUCUGGGGGACCUCUUCAACAUCCGUCUAA